UUCUGCCUCUCUAUAUAAUCCAAACAUUUUAUUUGCAAUAAUAGAGUGGUAGUGCUUCAUGGCAUUCGGAAUGAGAGUGGUAGUGCUUCUUCUGUUAAUCAGUUUGUUGCUUCUUCAACUGAUCAAAGGAGAUGAUGAUACAUUAAUAAAGCUUGAAAAACCAAAAUUACAGAAAUGCGGAAUUGAUAGAAUUUAUCAGUUUGGUGAUUCACUUUCCGAUACUGGAAACUGUCUGAGAGAGAGCUAUUGUAGAGCUCAAACUAAAACCGGAAAACUUCCUUAUGGGAUAAAUUUUUACCAGAAUGCAACGGGACGUUGUUCUGAUGGAUUCAUCAUCCUUGAUUACAUAGCGAUGGAAUGUGGUCUUCCUCUCCUAAAUCCGUCGUUAGAAGAAAAUGCAGAUUUUAGUCAUGGUGCGAAUUUCGCUGUAUCAGGGGCUACUGCUUUAUCAGCGGAAUACCUCAUAUCCAGGAACAUCGCUAUGUCUUUCACAAAUAGUUCAUUAAGUGUUCAGCUUCAAUGGAUGUCUUCUCAUUUCAAAUCUGUUUGCUCCGAUGAUUGCGCAAAAUAUUUGGAAAAUUCACUUUUCCUAGUCGGAGAAAUUGGAGGAGAUGACGUUACUUAUGGGUUUAAGCAAGGUAGACCCAUAGAGGAGGUGCGAAGAAUAGUGCCUGAUAUUGUGAAAAACAUCAUUCAUUCUGUUAGAACAAUCAUUGGUUUUGGGGCUACUCGAAUUUUAGUUCCUGGCAAUUUGCCUUCAGGUUGUUUCCCAAUUAUCCUAACGUUAUACAUGAACAAAUCCUCAACUGUCUACGAUGAGUACCAUUGCGCGGAAGAGUGGAACAAUUUUACAAUAUCUUAUAACAAUCUUCUUCAACAAGCCAUUCAUGAGCUGAACAGAGAGUAUCCAAACAUUUCAAUUAUUUACGGCGAUUACUACAAUGCCUAUUACUGGCUUCUACGAAAUGCCGUUGCUCUUGGAUUCGACAAAAAAACGCUACAAAUAGCAUGUUGUGGAAUAGGAGGAGAAUAUAAUUACACCGAAGAUAAGAGAUGUGGUAAGCCAGGAGCUGAAAAGGCGUGUGCAGACCCGAGUACUUACUUAAGUUGGGAUGGAAGUCAUUUGACACAAAAGGCAAAUGGUUGGAUAACAAAAUGGCUAAUUGAUGACAUUUUACCCCAAUUGAACUGUCAUGUUUAAAUUCAAGCUUUUAAUUA